CAGCUCAUCGCAGAGAUGUGUGACCAGACUUUCUUGGCCAACGUUUUUGGUCCUUGCGACAAAUGCUCCAAAGAAAGGGCGCUCCGUGAGGUUUAUCGCAAAUCAGAAAAACUCAGCUACUGCUCACUCUGCGUGGAAAUGAUGGCAACCGAGGGGCUGCAGGAGAACGAGAGCCUGGCCUCGCUGAAGAACGAGGCCGAGAGCCUGAAGGGCAAGCUGGAGGAGGAGAGAGCCAAGCUGCACGACGUGGAGCUUCAUCAAGUAGCAGAGCGUGUGGAGGCUUUGGGUCAGUUUGUGAUGAAGACACGAAGGACGCUGAAAGGCCACGGCAAUAAGGUCCUCUGCAUGGAUUGGUGCAAAGAUAAACGGAGAAUUGUCAGCUCUUCCCAGGAUGGAAAGGUGAUUGUUUGGGAUGCUUUCACUACCAAUAAGGAACAUGCGGUGACAAUGCCAUGUACCUGGGUGAUGGCAUGUGCCUAUGCCCCAUCCGGAUGUGCCAUUGCGUGUGGCGGUCUGGACAAUAAAUGCUCUGUGUAUCCCCUGGCGUUUGAGAAAAACGAGAAUAUGGCUGCAAAGAAGAAAUCGGUUGCCAUGCACACCAACUACCUGUCAGCUUGCAGCUUCACUAAUUCGGACAUGCAGAUCUUGACUGCGAGUGGGGAUGGCACUUGUGCUCUCUGGGAUGUCGAAAGCGGACAGCUGCUGCAGAGCUUUCACGGCCACGGGGCCGAUGUCCUAUGCCUGGAUCUUGCUCCUUCGGAAACUGGGAACACAUUUGUAUCAGGGGGGUGUGAUAAAAAAGCAAUGGUUUGGGACAUGCGGACUGGCCAGUGUAUUCAAUCCUUUGAAACCCACGAAUCGGAUAUUAAUAGUGUCAGGUACUACCCAAGUGGAGAUGCUUUUGCCUCGGGCUCCGACGAUGCCACGUGCCGAUUAUAUGACCUCCGAGCAGACAGAGAAGUGGCCAUUUAUGCCAAGGAGAGCAUCAUCUUUGGGGCAUCCAGUGUGGAUUUCUCUCUUAGUGGCCGCUUACUAUUUGCUGGUUAUAACGACUACACCAUCAACGUGUGGGAUGUCCUGAAAGGGUCUCGUGUGUCCAUUCUGUUUGGCCAUGAGAAUCGUGUUAGCACUUUGAGGGUUUCACCUGAUGGGACUGCAUUCUGCUCAGGAUCGUGGGAUCAUACUCUAAGAAUCUGGGCUUAAUUCUCAGCACUGUUUCCAAAUAUGUAUUCAGAAUGACAUCGUGGGAGAAAGGAAGGAAGGAAGAAAUUUCAGUUGGCAAAAAAAGGAAGGGAAAAAACUACAAUUAAGAAAUCAUGAGCAACAAUGUGAUAGUCAAAAGACCGAAUACUACAUUGUCAAUGUUAUCACAUUGUUGCCAAUACGCAAACACUACUUAUACAGAAAAGCGUUUUUAGAUUCAGCCAUUUAAUCUCUGUUCUAAAAUGAAAUAACUUUUAAGUAUCAAGCUAAGUUGAAGUGAAGCAUCGUUUUAAGGUAUGUGUUUGUGAGGCAGUCAUUUGGUAGUUCCUCAGAAAGUUUAAAUUAUAUCAUAUGAGUAAUUUUAUUUGAGUUUCAGAGAUGCUGCUAACCAAACUGUGUUACGAGUCAACCACACUGGAGUUAUCUGCAUUGGUUUGAUGUAGAACUGUAAGAUUUGGGCUGGCAAACUGAUGGAAGACUGAGUGGCAAAACAAAAUGGCCUAAGAACCCCAUCGUGUAAAGUCUGAGCACUCCUGUCGAGUCCAAGAGAAUGUAUCCACACAGGCAUCGUUCUAGUUAAAAAUCAGUGGCUGACAUGCAGAGCAGCCUUCAAGUAGCAGGGAAGGGAGUUGUGGCAGCACAAGGGCUCGGGAAGGGGCCGUAGCUCAGUGGUAUGUUUUGCAUUGCAGAAGGUCUCAGGUUCAAUCCCCAGCAGCAUCUCCAGGAAGUUUGUUACACCUGGCUUUUAGUCCUUGAGACUAUUCACAUGACCGCUCGAAAGCUAGCUAAGGGAGCCCAGCCCGCUUAAUUCCCCCCACCCAAUGAGAUAGUGGAAUGACUCGUGAGUGUUCUACUAACCCUGGUUCCAUGCCGCAGCGACUCACGUGGAGACUCCUGACUGGGAGGCCCCAACAAGCCUCCCGGCCUCAAGGGACUCCCCAGAAUGCUCCAUGCACUUGCGGUGGCCCCCAGUCCCCGCCGCCCUUGCUGGCUCCGUGACGGAGUCGGUAGUCAUGUGAGCGGCCAAUCCGGCUGCCCAGGGCAAGCUCCCUGCUCGUCUGUGGGGAGAGCGGGCUAAGCCCAGUCUCUCCACAGAGCCCUCUUAGGCUCUACGCAUGGAUCAUGUCUAGUAUGAUCCGUCUCUGUAUCUUCUCCAGAAUGGAGGUGUGUCCUCACAUAUCGGCCAGAUUUAGCCCGAAGUCCCUGUGAGCUAUCAGGGAGCACCUCACACACAAUUCAGGGUUUUUCCAUUGCAUGUUAGAGUGUUGCCUGAUUUAUAUCUGGGUUAAAAAAAAUCCCCACUUUUUGCAUCAGUUUUUUUGGGGGGGCACCUUCAAACACUCAGUAAAGCCUCUUAGAAAACCCAUGGUAAAGCCUGAUGUCUGGAAAAGCUUCAGGUAGGGCUGGGAGAGCAUCCUGCCUGAAACCUUGGAGAGCCUCUGCCAGUCAGUGGAGACAAUACUGAGCCAGACGUACCAAAGGUCUGAUUCUGUAUAAGGCCGCUUCCUGUGUUCUACAAGGGCGAGCUUCCCCACUUCCCCUCUGCGCAGCCUUGAGUGCGCAAAAGGGAGAGCGGAUUGUAACUACGUUUGCUGGCUCCAGGAGUGCCCUAUGUCAGCUGAAAAUGUGGCCCUGAGGGUUGUGCAACCGUCGGGGACAGAUUGUCAGGUGACACAGGGCACCCCUGGAGCCAGAGGGGAGUUACCAAAAUUCACUUCCUCCUCUUGUGCACCCAAGGGUGCAAAGCCUCAACACCAUUGGGAAAGCUGGUGUGUCUUUCCUUUGCAAGGGAUGUCAGCUGAUGUGUCUAAAUGUUGUAGAGGCAUUCACCUUCUGACUGGAGGGGAUAAGAAUACAUAUUUUUAAAUACAUUAAAUAAGUAAAGGGCGCUAUUGCAGGGUUAGGACCCCAAGCUGUUUCAUGUAUUGAGAACACAAGGGCCGAGACGUCCCACAAUCAAAUAUCCUUUAAUUAGGGCCAGACUAGGGGUGACAUUAGUAGUUGUGUCAUUAAUUCUGGUGUGCUUGCUUUUUCUUGUAUAAACAGUAUGAGAGGGUUGUGGGAAUCUGGACCAUAGUGUGAGAGGUUUAACUCUGCUCCCCAUGGAGGCCCUAAUCUGGAUUGUGUUUUGGGUUGUGCAAGAAAAAAAAACUUUUCAUUGGAGAAAAUGGAAGCUUUUUGUGUGUAGUACAUGGUGUGUGUGUGUGUGUGUGUGUGUGUGUGUGUGUGUGCGUGCGCGCACGCAUGUGCAUGACAGGCAGACCUAGAUGGCAGCAGCAGGUAGGAUUAAAGCCCCCCCUUCCCUCUCUGGGGAUUUUAAAAUUUUCAUUUUUCAUUUUUUUGUUUAUCUGUUUUAACUGUUGAUUUUAACAUUGAUAGAUGUUUUAAUUAGUUGAGAACUGCCUUGAGACCUGGUUAUAGGUGCUAUGAAAAAUAGGUGGUGUUAAUAAAUAAAUAGGGUCCUAAUGCUGGAUUAUACCCCCUUGCACAGUAUUUAUGCAAGAACUACUUACACAUUAGUACAGCGGGGCUUAUGAAAUUACUAAUAUCACAUCGAGUUUGACUCUCUGUUUAUAUAAAAAUAUUUAUUUCAACAAAUCCAUUGGCUUCCAAACACAAGGUUUGCCUUGGAAGGUAUGAAAACUGUCUACAGCACAGGUUUGUGAGUCAGAAAGGGAGACUUAAAAAAACCCCAGACCCAUCACUUUUAACAUGUAAUAUAUUUUUCAACCUGUAUUUCCCUUACUCCAGACUUUGCUAGAAUAAAAACUGUUUAAAAAACAACAAUAAACUUUGUUAGCUGUCCCAUAACAAAUUGUUCUCUGGGCAGCUCACAACACAGCAUUAAAACAUGAAGAAAAAACACACAGCAUGUUAAAUCAUAACAGACCAAAAGGGGGGGAAAGAAAAUGCAAACUACAAUUCAAAGCAAUUUAAAAACUCGUUUUAAAUAAGUUAAACAUCAAAUUUGAAAAUCAAAAUUUAACUCAGAAUAUCUGUCCUGCCUUGCAGGUCUGUGAAUGUUCAAGUCAGUUCAUAAUCGGACAAAAAGACUAAAUAUAAUGGUAAGAUGAAUUAUAGGGGAUAGAGACGGGGAGUGAGAGCAAGAUUUCUGUCAGCAGCCCUGGUUGGCAGGAAUUGGACUCUGGGGCCUCCUGUCCAAACUCUGCCCUUCAUACCAGGCAUAAUAUAAGCAGAGAUAUAAGUUAGAGAAGGUCAUUGGUGGAGCCAGAACUCGGUGGAAGAGCAUCUGCUUUGCAUGCAGAAAAGUCCCAGGUUCGAUCCCCAGAAUUUCCAAGCAGGGCUGGGAAAGACGCAUGUCUGAAAUCCUUGAUUGAUGGUGCUAGUCAGUCUAGAAAAAGCUGAGCUAGAGGGACCAAUCAUCUGACUCUUUAGAAGGCAGUUUCCAGUAUCCCUACGAGUGUACUGGGUUUGAAUCAUUUAACCACAACGUUCAUUAUCACUCACCUUAGCUGCCUUGAGACUUUUGUCAUGUGUGGCAUAUAAAUAUAGUAAAUAUAUAUAAAAUAAGCUACUUUGCAUGGUUGUUGCGAGGAUAGGCGUGGCUUAAAAAAACAAACCCACGUGCUUUGGCCUGACUUCAGUAAAUAAAUGCCCAGCAAACAUGUCUGGGAUUACUAAAAUCCAAAUAAGGUACACUCUGUGACCUGAUUCCUUGGGGUUCUGUAUGUGCAGGGGUUCCACUGGACACGUGGAGCUCUCCUGUGGGAAAGAGGCUCCCCAUUCUCUUUGAUAUUUGGAGGCACAUGUAUCCCCACUUCAUGCAAGAUACUGGCUGAUAUCCAGAUUGUGUUGGAUAUCAAUAUCAAUGGCUAAUAUCCAAUAUUGUGUUGGCAUUACUACUACUACUACUAAGGCGGAUAUUUAACAUAACAGUGUUUUUUAUUGCGCAAGGGGGAAAGGAUGAUUCCCAGCUAUUCCCCUGCAGCUGCCUGUGCCUACCAAAAAUAGUGUCCCCUCUAGCAGGGAUCCUCAGAUGUUGUUGACUACAACUCCCAUCACCCCCAACCAAAGCCACUGCAGCUGGGGAUGGUGGGAGUUGUAGUCAACAACAUCUGGGGAUCUCUUUUGCAGGGGACACUGCCUUGUGGACAUAUUUUCAGGAUGCACAGUUAGCUGCAGAGGAACAUGGGGGUGGGGGAAUAACAAAAAUCAUCCCUUAUCCCUUGCACAACAGAAAAAUGUUAUUCCGACAGCACUUAGUUAAAGUCUACAUGUUGGCCACUGUCUUCAACUCUGAACAUUACAGAGAACUCCAGGUCACAGAGGAACCUUGAGCAGAGGUUGAGCAGAGCAAACUGUCAGAGUUUUGGGGCAGAGACAGACCGUAAGUGUCUAACUACAUAUUAAGGAGGCUGUUGGGGUGCUUCCAACCCAUGUCCCCUCUUAAGGUCUCCCUGAUAAAGUUUAGUUUAAAAAAAAUGCCCAUGACAUAAUGUCGUGAUCAGUGUUUCCCCUGCAGAAGUGGCAGCCAUGGAAUUGGCAUGGGGAGGUACUGGAUGCCAGGAUGGCUGCUGGUCAGGGCUUCUCAACUUCGGCCCUCUUGCAGAUGUUGGCCUACAACUCCCAUAAUCCCUGGCUGUUGUCCACUGUGGCUGGGGCUUAUGGGUGUUGUAGUCCAAAAACAGCUGGGGGGGGCAAGGUUGAACAGGCCUGCUUUAGGUCAACAGCAGCCAUGUUUCCCUCAUGAAUGUAUAUAGGAAGCCGCCUCCUACUGAGCCAGACCAUGCGUCCAUCUAGCUCAGUAUUGUCUACACAGACUGGCAGCAUCUUCUCCAAGUUUACAGGCAGGAGUCUCUCUCAGCCCUAUUUUGGAGAUGCUGCCAGGGAGGGAACUUGGGACCUUCUGCUCUUCCCAGAGUGGCGGCCCCCUCCCCUAAGGGGAAUAUCUCAUAUGUGGUCUCCCAGUCAAUUGCAAACCAGGGCAGACCCUGCUUAGCAAAAGACACUAUUGAUGCUUGCUCCCACAAGAUCAGCUCUCCUCCUGUAGUUAGGCCCUUAUCAUAAGGAUGGAGACAGACCAUACGAGCAGGUUUACACAACCCCAGCCAGAGAUGCACCUAGGUAAUUUGGGAGUCUGAACUUAAAGCCACCCCCCCCUGCAAAUUAAGCAUCAUCAAAUUAAGCAACCACUCGGGACAGACUAAAGAGGAUUUGGGGGCCCCCAGGGGCUGUGAAGGCCCUGGACUUCAGCCCCAAAGUCCAGGGGUAAGAGCACCUCUGAUCCCAGCGCCUGCAGGUUGGUAAUUUGGUAGCAUGUUGUUAAGUGGGAGCACGUGCUCCUGCAGGGUGUGACGUCCGAACUUGCCCAAUUCUAGUUCCUCUGCUAGUUCACCACAUUCUCCGCCUUUCCAUCUUGGGAACCUAUGCCGUGCACUCCAUGGUGAUCUUGGGGAUACUAGGGUUUUCUCUUGGGAUUGCAAUGAUUUGUAUUAUGAUCAUCUGAGAUGCUGCUCUGUUUACCUGCUGGGGUUCCUAAUCAUGCCGUGGUUUUUAAGGAUCUCAGUUCUCUAUGGUUGUUUCAAAGUACUGGCAUCCCAUGCCUGCCUGAACAGCCUGUGCAUUUGGGACAAGGGCAGAGACUAAGGAGAAGCCUGGAAAACUUCUCACAUCUCCAGUGGUGUGAGUCUAGCUUUGCGAUUUGCGUGACGGACAGAUAUACCAGCAGGUUGAAUGCCUGUUCAGAUAUCGGUCUUCCCCCCUCCUCCCAUGCUGCAGGCAAGCUAACCACCUUUAAAUAUUUAAGUGGCACAGAUACAUAUAUUCAUGUGUACUUUUAUUCUUUACCUUAUUCCAAAUCUUGCAAACUUUUUUGUUUUUUAAAAAUGUGUGAAACUUAGAGAUGUGCAGAAUAUUUUGAGCUCGGAAUGGCCUGCCUCAAAACAGGCUGUUUGGAGCAUUCUGAGCCAAAACUGAGUGCCCUUCAAAUUUAUUUUUUAUUUAUUUUUAUAUUUAUCUUCCGCUCUUCCUCCAAGGAGCCCAGAGUGGUGUACUACAUACUUGAGUUUCUCCUCACAACAACCCUGUGGUUAGGUUGAGAGAGAAGUGACUGGCCCAGAGUCACACAGCUAAUAUCAUGGCUGAAUGGGGAUUUGAACUCGGGUCUCCCUGGUCCUAGUCCAGCACUCUAACCACUACACCACGCUGGCUCCCUGAGCCAGGGCUCAUUCCGUCAGAACUGACUCGACUGGUAGUUCCAACAGAACAUUCUGGACAUUUGCAUUUCAUUCUGUGGAAUGAAAAUGCAUUUGUGUUCCGUUCCGUGGGAUGCAAAUACCCGGAGCGUUCCAUCGGAACAACCAGUCAAGCUGGUUCCGACGGAACGAACCCUUCAUUUGAAGGGUUUUCCAUUUUGGCUCGGAACACUCCAAAUGGCCCAUUUUGAGGCAGGCUAUUUCAAGCUCAAAACGUUCUGCACAUCUCUAGUAAAACUGCUUUGGGGAUUGAGGGGUAGGGUGUUGGUGAUGUUAUUGGUAUUAGCCACUCAGUGCUGUCCACUGCUGACUUUUUCCCAGUUCAAAGUGAACCCCACUGCAAACUUGCAGAGCUCAUGCUGGGAGAGAAAAAGGAAUGUUUGUACUGAAUGUACUGAAGGCACUUCUAAACCAGUCCCUUCUGCUUAAAAAUAUUAUAUCUUUGUGAGGGAUACCUUCUAAGAAUAUAUAGAGCUUGUCUUGUAGUUGCAUCAAUCCAGAUUUAAAUUAUUGGCCUUUUGGUAUUGGUAAUUCAGGCAACAGACUGAAAUUCACUAACUGAAUAGAUGUUUUUCAAUAUUUAUUUUUUUGACAAUAGAGGUGUAAAUACUUAUACUAAGACAGUUCUUUCCCCCCCAUGAAAAUGUCUAGCUGCAGAAACCAAGAACCAGUUAGCUGUAAUGUAACUGACACACUAUCAUUACAUGGGAACGGUCCUGAUAAAUCGGUUCCCUUCUUUUCGGUUUGGGAAAAUGGUCUUCUGAGCUUUGCAGUCUUGGUGGCAAAUUAUGUCUGUAACAAACUGAAUGCACUAUCAAAACUGUAAAUCAAGUUGACACAAUGCACACGUCUGAUUAGGCAGUAUUUAUUGAUGAGACAAGUUUGAGUUUUGAAUGGAAUACAAUGUGUUGAUUUUUAUGAAUGACAUCCGUGUAAUAAAUUGUAUUUUACAUAUUGCGAA